AUGUCUUCAAUGAAUGGAACAAGUGCAUUACGAGUUAAUGUUGCAUUACUUGAACGUGAUGUUGUUAAACUUAUACUUGAUUUUUUUCAACAACGUGAACUCUAUAUUAGUAUGCUUGAUAUAGAACGUGAAACAGGCAUUAUCAAUGGAUCUUUUUCAGAAGAUAUACUGUUUUUACGACAAUUGAUUCUCGAUGGUCAAUGGGAUGAUGUUAUUGAUUUUGUACAACCAUUAAAAUCAAUUGAUGCAUUUGAUGCUAAACAAUUUAUAUAUAUUGUACUUAAAUAUCAAUUUCUUGAAUUAUUAUGUUUAAAAACUGAAGCACAAAUUGAAAAUGAUUUAUCUGUUGAACAAAUUGUUAAAUUUCUUAAUGAUUUAAGACCAUUUGCACCAAAUGAACAAGAAUAUAAAAAAUUAUCAUUUUUACUUACACUUAAACGUUUACAAGAUCAUACUGAUUAUCAUAAUUGGAAUCCAAGUGCUGGACGUGUACAAUGUUUUCAAGAAAUAUUUCCACUUAUUCAUCGAUUUUUACAAGUAGAAAAACAAACAAUACCUAUUGCACAAGGUGAUCGUCUUGUUCAAUUACUUAUUAAAGGUUUACUCUAUGAAUCAUGUGUUGAACAUUGUCAAGCACGAGCAACGAGUACUGAAGAAACAAUUGAUUUAACAGAUCCAAAUUCUUUAUUAGCAAUUACACGUUUAUCUGAUACAGAUGUUUCAUUACUUUCAUGGCUUCAUGCAUUACCAACCGAAACAUUUUCAUGUCCAUUUGAACAAAAAACAUUAACAUUAAAUAUUGAUAAAUUUCAAAAACCAAUACUUGAAGCAACAUGGGCUGAACAUGUUUUAAGUACACCAUUUAAACCACAAACAAUGUUUCCAUUUAAUGCCACACCAACUGGUAAACCACGUUCAACUGAGCUAAUGUCACGUUCAUUAGCACCACAAUAUGAUGGGUUAUCUUAUGGUCUUAUUCGUUCACAAAUCUUUGGAGAUUAUAAUCGAAGUUUUGUUAAUGAUAUGAGUCGUUCAUUAGCUAUUUGUAAUUUAAAAGAUAAUGGAAAUAAUAAUAUUCAUAAUACAUCAGCAACAGCAACAAUAUUACCAACUGUUGAAGAAGUACUUUAUGAAGAAACACCACCACCAUCAACACCAUCACCACCAUCACUACCACGUACAUUAUCACCUGCAGCAAAUAUUAUUUCACCACAAUCAACUCAUCGAUCACAAUCACCAAAACGAAGUAUUACAGAACCACACUUUACAAAUAAUAAUUUACCAUCAUAUGAUACUAUUGGACAACAACCACAACAUUACGUUACAUCACCGAAAUCACUCAGUAGAUCUAGUCAAUCAAGCAGUAGUCAGAAAUCUAAACAUACAAAUGGUUCAAUUGUAAAAGAAAAUGAGAAUCUAUCACCAAUUAAUCAUACUCAAAUAUCAUUAAAUAAUAUGAAUACUUCUCCAGUAGAUACAUCGAAUGGUUUACUUAAAGAAUAUCAAAAAAGUCGUGCAGAAAUUAUUCGACAAUUUGAUGAACAUGAAACACGUCGAAAUGAAUUACAAAAACAACUUAGUACUGCAUCAACUACACCCAAUCCAAAGAUUCGCGCAAUUAUUGAUGUCACAAAAUAUGAUUCUCUUGAAGAUAUUGCUCGUUCGCCAGCAUUUAUACCAAUAGCAUCUAUUGAAGAUGUUCAAGCUAUACGUGCUAUUGAUAUUCAUCCAACUGGAAAAUAUUUUGCUGUUGGUUCAAAUUCUAAAAUGGUUCGUGUUUGUGCAUAUCCAGAUACAAAAAAUGUUCGAACAGACUCUGUACCAAAACAAGCGAAGGUUUUAUUUAAAAAAGCCAAACAUCAUUUGGGUAGUAUUUAUUGUAUGGCAUGGUCACCUAGUGGUCGAAUUAUAGCAACAGGAUCAAAUGAUAAACUUAUUAAACUCAUUCGACUUAACAUGGAUCGAUUAGAAGAGGAAACAAAUCAUACAGAAAUUGAAUUAACACAUCAUAAUGGAACUAUACGAGAUGUAAUUUUCAUGCAUGAUAGUUUGAAAGAUGAUUCAAUUUUAUUAAGUGGUGGAGCUGGAGAUUGUAAAGUUUAUGUUACGGAUGUUAAAAAACAAACAACUAUUAAAAGUUAUAGUGGUCAUGAAGGGCAUAUUUAUUCCUUAUUUACUUGGGAUGCAUGUAGUUUUGUAUCCGGAAGUCAAGAUGGUACAUCACGUUUAUGGGAUAUUCGUCAACCAGAAUGUGUUCAUGUCAUUCCACCUCGUCCUUCAAAUAGUGCUGUUGCAGCUGUAACUGUUGAUUGUUCUGGUCAAUUAUUAGCAGCUGGUUAUGAAGAUGCAUCAUGUUUACUUUAUGAUCUUCGUGGAAAACGUGUUGUACAAGCAUAUCAACCACAUUCGAAUGAAGUUCGAAGUGUUCGUUUUUCUGUAAAUUCAUAUUAUUUACUUACAGCUUCCUAUGACAAAAAAGUUGUUAUGACAAGUUUAAGUGGUGAUCUUACAAAACCAUUGGUUUUAUCUAAUGUUGCUGCACAUACGGAUAAGAUUAUUCAAGCUCGAUGGCAUCCAAAUGAAAUAUCAUUUGCAACAACAAGUGCUGAUCGUUCAUGUAUAAUUUGGGCCCCACCGCUUUCAGCUUUAUCUGCUCUUACACAGUCACCAUAA